UUAAGCAUGAAGUUGUUGCUAUUAUUUAUUUCAUGUACUUUAUCUCCCCAUGACUGUAAAACUGGAUUCGGUCCUGGCAAACAAGAUUGGGAUUAUGCAGAAGUUAGACCAGGUGCACAUAUGUUUUGGUGGCUGUUUUACACUACUGCAAAUGAGAAAAAGCCAGAAUCGAGACCAUUAUUAAUAUGGUUACAAGGAGGUCCAGGUGGUUCUUCAACUGGUCUAGGAAAUUUUAAAGAAAUUGGUCCGUUAGAUCCUAAUUUAAAUGAACGAAAUUACACUUUGGUGAAGGAUUAUAAUGUCAUUUUUAUUGACAAUCCUGUUGGAACUGGAUUCAGUUAUGUUGAUUCAGAUUCACUGCUUACAACCAACAAUACACAAAUAGCAAGGGAUUUGAUAGAAUGUUUACGAUCAAUUUACAAAAAAUUACCGCAGUUUGAAGAUACACCUUUAUACAUCACAUCUGAAUCUUAUGGUGGAAAAAUGGCAAUUGAAUUUGCUCUUAAUUUGGAUAAGGAAAUCAAAGAAAAGCAAAUAAAAGCUAAUUUAAAAGGAGUAAGUUUGAUCGAUUCUUGGAUAUCUCCAAUUGAUUCAGUUUUGGCAUGGGCACCAUUUCUGUUUCAGACUGGUCUUAUUGACAUUGAUGGAUAUAAGCGAAUUGAUAAAGAAGCUCAAAAAUGUAAAGAUCUCGUAGACGCUGGCUUAUAUUCUGAGGCAACGGACCAAUGGGCCAAAACAGAAGAUGAAAUUACGUUAGUAACUUCAAAUAUAGAUUUUUAUAACAUUUUAAUAAAAGCGGAGCUUAGUACGAGAAAGACUAAAUUAAAAUUUUCACUAGACCUGGAACCAAACAACGAUAACUCGCUCGAUUCUCUCAUGAAUAAUGAGGUAAAAAAGGCAUUAAAUAUACCAUCUUAUGUUUCUUGGACUAGUAUAAACUCGCAGGUUUUUGAAUAUUUAAGUGAAGAUUUUAUGAAACCAGUAAUUUACAUUGUUGAAGAAGUUUUGAACACAACAUCAAUUAAAGUACAAGUUGUGGGUGGACAAUUAGAUUUAAUUGUUGAUUUACCAGUUUUCCCAAUAUAA